AUGUCCUCGCCUUCGAAUAGCGUUGCCGGUAGCCCGGCUAAUCCCACCAGUCCGCUCAACCGCAAGAAGCGAACCUUUGCGGCUUGCAGUUACAUCCAGAAGCUCCAAGCGGACAAUGCCGAACUCAGAAGAAACAACUCCACGUCCGGCACAACGAGACUAGGGACACCAUCUAGCGACCAAGCUGUCAACGCGUCAUCUUCAGAGGGAAUCGUAAGUCAUCCUGACACGACAGAACACCUCGCUGCAGAUGAAGGCGAGGACGGGACGGGUGCGGGUACGGCCACUCCACUUCUUGAGCAGCGUGUCAUGGCUCAGGAUAAGAGUGUGUCCUUGGGAGCAUUUUACGUCGGUGGCGCCGCCUGCACGGCUUUUUCGACACGUCUCGGUGCUUGUGUACGCGGCAGCCCAGUGAAAGUGGCAAAGACAUCGUACACUGUACCGGUCUAUAAGCAUCCAACAUUCAGCCGCAGGCUUGAGCCACAAUACACCCUGCCGAGCCGAGCAUACGCAAACAUGCUCAUACAAGUCGUGAUGAGAUUUGUCGGGUCGGAUUAUCACCUGAUCAGAAGGAAGUCCUAUCUGGAGAGUAUCGAUCUCAUAUAUGAUGAUCAUCAGCAGACGGACUCACUCUCCCUGAGUCGUUUCUUCGCCUUGCUGGCCUUGGGAGAACUUUGGUUGAAGAAGACCGGAGCGAUUCUGAACGGAGAGAAGACCGUGCCCGGGACGAAUCUCUUUCUCCAAGCCGUCUCGCUCUUUCAGGAACAAUUUGAGGAACCUAGCAUCGAAUAUAUUGAGACCCUCUUGGCACUGUGUUUCUAUUGCUUCGCCCUUAACCGAACGAGCACAGCAUUUGUCUAUGCUGGUCUAGCGUUGCGCUUGAGCCAGACCCUGGGGCUCCAUCGAAAUAUCGCGUACGAGUCCAACGACAACUUGCCUGAAGCAGAUAAGGACGACUUUUUUGAUCCCAUGCAGCUCAUUGCUAAUAUCAGGCUGUGCCGCAUCACGGGAUCAGUUCUGAGCCUCAUCUACGGAGGGCCGUCCCCAAAAGACGCUGGAGACUUCAUUAAAAACGUGCAUACCAUCCUGAACCAAUUGAAGAAACUCGACGCCGAACUCCCGAUAGAACUGAAGCUAGAUCACACGCGCUUCCCAGCGUACGGCUCAAGAUCCGUCGCAUCUUUACGGCUGCACUUCAACCAGAACCUCAUUCUCACCACGCGGCCCGUGUUGCUCCAUAUUUUAAAUUACAAUCUCAAACGCCUGCGAUGUGAUCCUUCUACAAUUAUGGGAGUGAAGCAGCUUUCGCCGAUGACAAUCGCUUUGAGCGAGGCAUGCAUCUACGCUGCGAGAGCAUCUGCGAAUAUCCUCGAGCAGCUCUGGAUAAGCGGUAACAUUUCAACUUUUGGCUACUUUGACGCUCAUUACACGUUCUCUGCAACAGUGAUCCUGAUGAUCUCAAGGGCCCUUCGCCCCAACACUGAAGAUGACGACGCAAUAGCGUUGGCUUUGACAUUACUCCAUUCUAUGGUUGAAGAUGGCAACAUUCCGGCCCGUGAGCUCAUUGAUAGGAUUUCUGCCCUGCAGAAGGACUUUGAGAUUCUGAGAUCGUCGGAAGACUCCGGAGAAGGUCUAAUGGCUGAAAGUACCACAGGGUUUAUCACCUCAACGGGCACCUUUGCAGCAAACAUCAAUAGAAACCGUCCUCUUUCUCCUUCCCAAUCCCGGAAAGCUUCUUCUACCAGCAUACCGACGCCACCAAGACUAGACAGCACCAUUGAUUCGACGGGCCGGCCAACGGUCGCGACGGCCCCUUUGGACGCACCUUUCAUACAGAAUUUUCUCGGAAACUGCACUCAAGAAUGGAGUCCACAGGACUUUGAAUUUUUGAAUCAGGGCACUGGUGUUUGGGCAUCGGCAUGGGACAGCUUUGAUUUGCAACGUAGCGAGGAUAGCAUAGGCCUUUGA